CACAACAGGUGCAGCAGAGUCAGGAGGGUGCCAGCCAUCCGCCUCGACCAGGCUGAGAAGACGAGACAAAAAAAAAAAUACGACGGACGACGAGUCUGGAAGGCCGAGAAACACGUUGCAUGGGCUAAGAAGAGAAGAAUGCAGCAGGAUGUGGCAGGAAGGAGGAGAAACUAUCCUUUCCAGGGUGAACCCGAGGCGCGUGUGACGUCGUACAAGCGCUUUCGAACGUGGCUCAUCCGCAAGCGCAGUCGCGAGAGUCCCGCUGCGAGUACGCCCUUGGCCACUGGGCAGCGCUGUCGACCCACUUUUAAGUUAGAUGGAGUCUGUCAGAGGCUGGAGCUGGAUUCUCCCUCGAGGCAUCAGGAAACGGCCCAAAGAGCACAAGAGUCCAGGCUGAUUGUGUGUGACACCAACGCAACACCGAAGACACAAUGCAUCAUUGCAAACCGCAGAAGAUGUUCAGACAUGUUCAAUGUGCCAAAACAGGAAUGGAUUUGGACUGCACAUGAAAGUGGAGAUGCACAAUCAACUGGUGGGUGGUUGGCCAGCGGCUCCGCGGACGGCCUUCUCCACAUUUGGGACCAUGACGUCACAGGGUCACGUCGGCCGCUCACCACAAUGAAGCAGCCGAGCGCUGUCAAGGCGAUGGGAUGGUGUCCUUGGAAGAGAAAUGUGAUGGCAACGGGUGGAGGGUGGGAAGACGGAAAGCUUCGAAUUUGGGACACCGAGUUGGCCCGUUGUGUCGGUUCUGCUGACACCAACUCACAGAUCUGCUCACUUAACUGGGUGGAGGCCACCAGAAUCCUGGUGACCGGGCAUGGGCGCCCCCAUAACAGCGCCAUUUGUUGGGAUUGGAAUUUCCCCUCACUCAGGCCUCUUUUGCACCUUUCAGGUAAAAGAACAAUUCAUUCAGCAGUCUAUUUUCCCUGGGGUUCGAUUGAACCACUUUUUACACCAAAUAAUACUCAAAAAGUAUAUAUGAUACAAGGGCGGUGUAUGAAUCCGUGGUCACUUGACUAGAGAUGCGAGUAUGCCAUUUAAA